UUAAUUUUUUCAAAAGGUUAUUUAACUAUCAAUAUCAUUCAAACUAACAUCAAUCAGCCUCAAGAUGGAAGAUCAGUUUAUCCUUUUAGAAAAUGAUAAUGUUACGAUUGUGAAUAGAAAAAAAUCUUACGAAAUUUCUAAACAAAAGUUAUCGUCGAUUCCUUACUUUGUGAAACUGUUUUCAGAUCCUAAUAAUUGUGACUUGGCCGAAAUAAAACUUGAUCUUGAUGAAAGUUCAUUCGAUAAUAUUGUUGAUUUUGUUCUCAACAAUCAUUUAUCAAUUUCCAUGGAAUGUGCCUUCUCAAUGAUGGAAAUUGCUGAUUAUCUCGGAAUGGAAGAUAUCAAACAGAAGUAUUAUGAUUGUUUCGUGUCAAAUUUCAACAUUAAACGUUUAGAAGAGUUUUUGGAUUUUUAUGAGAAUCGUAAAUACCCUGAAAAUUUUACUGAAAAUAAGGUGAAAUCUUUCAUUGGGAAAUAUUUCGUUCCAAUUUCCAAUACGAGAGCGUUUCUUAAGUUUCCUGUCGCUCUAAUUGAACGAAUUUUGAAAAUGAAUUUGGUUGUUUCUUACGAGUAUCAAAUAGUUGAAGCUAUUGAACGUUGGGUUAAAUCGAAUGAAAAAGAUCGGAAAAAAUAUCUUCCUCAACUCAUUAAGUUCGUCAAUUUUUGUCAUUUGACAGAAAGAGAAAUGAAAAAAGUCGUUAACAAGGUCAAAUAUUAUGGGGUCACUUUCGAUACUCCACAGUUGAAAGAUCAUUCUCACCAUGCUUGUCAACUCGAAUUCUGCCAAUCUGAUUGUAAAAGUAAUCGACAUUCCACCAAAUCUUUGGUCUCAAUCUAUGAACUUGGUGAAGAUAACAUUGAGAUCCGUCGAUUAUCAAGAGCAAAUAUUUGGACAAAAAGUUACCGAUUCACUCGCGAUGAGACAAUGUCCACUUCUCUGAUUGAGGCUGACCAUAUUGUCGAUAUAAUCUAUGAUUCUGGAAGAAAAGGUAUUCGAAUUGAUUGGAACACAGAGAAAUUCAAAUACUUGAAAAUGUUUGGUGGUGACGAUUCUUAUUAUGGUCAAGCUUACAAAUAUUUCGCUCAUGAUAUUUGUACUGAUUCCACUUAUGUAAAGAUCAAGAAUCCACCAACGGAAUUUAAUCAUAAACGUUCCAAUAUAACGCAUGUGGAAGCUAUUUCUCUGGAUGAAAAGUUUGAAGGAAUUUGCUAUCGAAAUAACAAUCACGACGAUUUUGAUGAAUUUGAUGAUAGUUAUUUUGAUGAUUUGCUGGAUAAACGACGUAAUCAUAGAUCUUCGGAAUCUGAUGAGUGUGAUAAUUUUAUUAAGAAAUCACAAAAGCAAUAUUAUCUUCCAUCUCUUGAUUAUCGAGAAUUGUCCUCUGGUGAACUCAAAGGAUCAGCUCAAGCUCUGUCAUGUUUGUCUUCAAAUCCAAAUAGCGAAUCAAAUUAUCACAAAGUCUUGUACUAUUUGACGAAACGUGAUUUCAGUCGAUAUUUAUUACGAGAUGAUAAAAGUAAAGUGUAUGCACUUGACUAUUCGUUUCUGAAAGAUUUCAUCGGAAGCGAUUCUCUUGAUCACAUCGAGCUGAUUUCUCAUAACAACUCGAUUCUAAUUUGCAACAAGGAAUCGAAAAUAAUCUAUUCUUAUGUGGUGGAUUCUGAUCAUUGGCAAUUUAUGUCUAAAAUUGAAUCUCCCGAAAAGAUGAUCGCAAUUGCAUCCGUCUUUUUCCCGAUCGGAUUGGAAUAAUAACUAAUUAAUUGCAAAUCUGUUGAAAUAUUGAUUCUCAAUUUUCUCAAUUUACAUGUUUAUCUUCACCAUAAUAUUUCAUUUUCACUUAAUUUCAACUCAAUAAAAUCAUUCAAUUCAUUGCCAAUUACAAA